CAUUUCCCUCAGGAGUCAUCAGACCUUCUACUUCUCCAUCUAGAGGGCUGACAAGAGAUCCCUUUAGACUCCUCCGCCCUGCCACAGAAGGGGAGGGCACCUUCACUCUGAAGAUUUAAAAGGGAACUCCCAAACCUUUAGGAGAUCUUGUAGCACGUUAUCCCAAGAAAAGAAGGCUGAAGAUUUGCCUCUGAACAAAGUAUGAAGGGACUGCGUAAACUGACAGCAAUUGCAACGGCACUGUUCAUGGCAGCGUUCUUGGUAUCUUUCUCCUGGAGUGCACCUCAGGCUUAUUUCCAAAGGAGAAACUGGACUCCUCAGGCUAUGCUGUAUUUGAAGGGUGCACAGGGACGUCGAUUCAUCUCAGAUGAGAGCCAGCGAAACGAUCUGUAUGAGAGAAUGAAGCUUGAAACACGCAGCCAAAACACAAAUCCUCUAUCUCUUUCCGAAGCUGCUGCACUGUUCCUUAGUUCCUUACAGAGAGCACAAGAAGAAGCUGAAGAAGAAAACAGUGAUCACCCUGCCUACUUGACAGAUAAGAUAUCAAAUUGGUGAAAUAUUUCAAAUUUAACAUUUGGAUUGCAUAGACCCUGAAAUCAUGUCUUGUGUAAACAGAGUAUUUCAUCCAGCCUCACUUCAGUUCCCAAAGCAUGACGUAUAUAUGUAUUGCAAAAUUUUGAAUGCAAACAGGUUGCACGUUACUGAUAAAGAUCAGAUAAAGGAGGUAUUUGUUAGGUUCUGCUUUGUUUAGACCAUUUUGUAUGUCCCACCUAGAAUUUAAAAUACAUUGUACCAUCUUACCUGAAAAGAUGAUUAAAACUGUCUUUUUGGACAAUGACUUCAUUUUCUUUCAAUAGUCAUUGGAUAGUCAUCUUUUACCACUUUUCACCCAGCUGUGUAUUGAAGCCCUUUUAAAGGUAAUUACUUCACCACUUUGCUGCCAGCCCUGUAAACUGCUGAUCAUUAAUAAAGUCAGUGAGAUAUUAAAACAAUCCAGCUAUCUUUGAUUGUGAAGACAGUGAUUUAUUUUUUUUUUUGCAGAUAUCUGUCCCCACAGAGAAUAGGCAACAGCGCUUACUUAGCCCUCAGCGCUGUCCCAGUUACAUGCAUGCAGAAAUGUAUAGUCUGAACAAUCCUACUGAGCAAGCCCCACCACAUAA